GCGGUAUUGGCUCAAGGCAUUCGGGCCCAAGCGGUGUUUCUUCAUUUUCAGCCAUGGGCGCUGGGGGCUUGAUCGGCUCUGCCACUGCCAAUAACCAAGCCUCUCUUAUCGAUAAGAUGGUGGUCUGGACUGGCGACGCAGUGGUAAAAAAACAACUUGAAGGUGAACUUCUCCCCGCAAUGCGACAGUUCAGGGGUGAUGUGCAUUCCUGCGACAUGUUUUGCAGGCAUCUUCGCUUGCUUCUGCAUUCCGAAGACGAGUGUCAUUGUGACUGUUGGGACAGGGUUUGGUGCCUGGCGCUACAACGAGCUGCGCAAGGACACGCUGAAGUGCCAGCCUUUGCAGUCAAGCGUGAAGAGGGAGCUGAAAGCCAAAUGGACACGCGAAGCCCAUGAGGAGGACCCUCCUGACGAGCUCUACUACCGCAUGUACAUCCAGCUCUUCAAUGCGAAGACGUCCCUGUACUUGACAAUUGAUUCUCCGGAAAAGCGCAACCGGGUUGGGGUUGAUGGUGAGCUUCCGUGUGUACAGGAACAGUUUCAGCUCCUCGACCCGAAGAGGCGGCAUCCGCCCGCCCCCAUCAAACACGGCGACAAGGUGUACAUCAAGUCGUCACAAACGAAGCAGCUUCUCGGGUACUGUGGGGACAAUUGUAUCCACGCCAUUGGCGUGAAUCCGCAAAGAGAUAGCACUGCGUGGGUCAUUGACAAAGUCGAUGGCGAUUGGAGAACGAGGGUCAUAUGCGAGGGCGACAAGGUGCGCUUCAAGCUUACUUGCAAUUCCCAGUAUUUGUGCGUGAAUGACAGCACGCUCUGGGCCGCGUGUCAAUCAGACGACCCGUGCAACCAGUCCCAGCUUUUCACUAUCCAGAAGCAUGGCUUUUCACUAUCCAGCCUCCCUCCAGUGGUCUGGAAGGGCAAAUGCAGCACUUUCGACGGGGGUGAGUUCGACGAGGAUUUUUGAACACCAAGUAAAGCGGUCUUCGGGGUUGCGUACCCUCCCGCGUGAGGACGGAUUAUGAGUCGGAAAAGAGAAGGACAGCGGCGCCUGACAAAUCCAGAGGUGUGAUUGUUCUCAGAGGUGCUCUCACUCGCGGACUAUGCAGUGUGUUUUGUUGCGGCCGGUUGAGCGGGAGACCCUCGCCAAUCAGCUGUCUCGCCCCUCCUCUGCCCCUUUGCCUUCCAAACAACCCUCUCAACAAACAUCCCCCCGCCCUUCCUCCUCGACCCGUUGCAUGUGAGAGUCACUAUUGCGCCAUUCUCAGAGGUGCUCACACUCGCAGGUGCAUCCGAAGACAGACAUAGAGGAUUUUUCGGUGCGCAGUGGCCCAGUGCGGGCACGUAAGGCGCCUUUUGGGGCCUGUUGGCCCACCCGCCAGAUGUGCGGCAGCUAGGCAUGCUUUCCGCGGAGCUGGCUGCCAACUAGGCGGCCUCGGAGGACAGCCAACGGCUCAGAGGAAAAAGUAAAUAAUGCAUUAUCGUCCUCGUCGUCGUCAUCGUCAUCAUCAUGUUCAUCGUCAUCG